AUGGAAACCACCCGUGGACCUUUGGAUAUAUCUUUGCGUAAUCUUCAAUCGGGGCCUGGAGAGCAAUCAUCCAGUGAUGCAAGUAUGAAUAUGGCAAAUAUGACCUAUGCUACAUCAUCACCGGCAGCUACGACAGGAGGACAAGGGAGUGGACCUCCCGUUUGCCAAAAUUGCGGCACCUCUACCACCCCUCUGUGGCGUAGGGACGAACUCGGCUCAGUCCUCUGCAACGCAUGCGGACUCUUCUUGAAACUGCAUGGCCGACCUCGUCCGAUAAGCUUGAAAACAGAUGUGAUUAAAAGUCGCAAUCGCGUCAAGACCGGUCAAGGUCCUAAGCGCAAGUCUGGCGGCCCUGUUGAUACCAAUGGAAUCCCACCACGAUCUGAAGCGGGCACCCCUCCCCUCGGCUCGCAUGGAUACCGUCGCGCGUCGCGCAAGAUGUCAUCGGGCCAUUCGGAUCGCUCCAACUCCCCCGUUUCCCGGACCGAGACACCUGGCUUUGGCUCGAUGCACGCGCACAACUCAAAUAUCGCGCCGCAGCACAUGUUCGACAGCGUUACCCUGGGCGACAGCAUGAACUCCUCCAGCGGUCUUCCCUCCCGCCAGAUGCGCCAACCCUCUCCCUCGGCAGUCGACCGCCAACUCGAUUCCCCCCACACAUUCGAAAGCCUCCUGGCCCUCAACACAUCCCUGAAGACACGCGUCAGUGAACUCGAAUUCGUCAACGAGCUCUUCCGCGGUCGCGUCACCGAACUCGAACAGAGUGAUGCCAGCGCGCGUCGGUCGGAGAUGAUUGUACGAGACUCCGAGGUUCGUCUGAGACGGUCUCUUGAGGACGCUCAGCGCCGCGAGGAGGAUCUCAAGCGUCGUGUUAACGAUCUCGAGCGCCAGCUUGGUUCUAGCAGCGCUGGUGAUGCCGAGUCCGGCGAGCCGCUCGCAAAAAAGAUCCGGCUUUCGGAUGUUGUGGAAUCUGGCGAGGAUGUGCUGGUCAAAUCUCCCAAGAGCGUUUAA